UAGAGACCCAAAAGGACUCUUAAAAGACCAAAACACCAACCUUUGUGACCAAAAUUGAACCAAACCAAACCCAUAUCGAACCUAAACUCACUCUCUUCCAACUCUUCCUUGUUCUUUCCAAAGUACAAUUUUUUUUUUCUUUCCAAUUCUCAGAAUCUUCUCUCUCUUUCCCGAAAUCCUCUCUUUGUGGCCACAAACCACUGCCCCAGAUUUUCUCUCUCUCUCUCUCUCUCUCUCUCACUUGUCUCUGUUACAUACCUGAUUUUCAGUUUUACUUAUAUCCAUUAGCGAAAACCCAAUUUGUCGUUUUUGGAUGACAAAGACCAUCAUGGAUUAGUGGAUAGAUUAAUCUUAUAAAUAUAUAUUCAUUAUCACUUUCUUCUGCUAACUGAAAAGAAAAGGAAAAAAAAAAACGACAACCAUGCAUCACGGUUCCUCUGUGACCCAAGAAACCAGUCCUGUCUUCGAUUUCGUAUCUCAAUUGGGUCGGUUUUCCUUCAGUAGUACAAAGCUUAACAACUCAGAUGGCUGCUCUUCUUCUUUACUCUCCAACUUCGUCCACUUCGAUUCCCUUGCUUGUACUACUGCUUCAAAAAAGCGCAACGUGCGUGCCUCACUGAGUUUGGGCGGUAGAGGCGGUUCGGGUAUUCGGAGAAUUCUCAGUGACUUUAACAGAGCUAUAAAGUUCCAUUGUGAGAGAAUCCCAAUUGGGUUUGCUUCGGUUCGGGUUGGUUCGGGGGACAACAAUGGGAUUAGAGAAGAUGGGUGUGGUGUAUUGGAAGAUGAUGGGUUGGCUUUGAAUGGUGUGGCCGGAGAAACCCCCAAAAAAGUUUUGAUUUUGAUGAGUGACACUGGUGGGGGUCAUCGGGCUUCGGCUGAAGCUAUCAAGGCUGCGUUUCAUGAACAGUUUGGGGAUGAGUAUCAGGUGUUUGUUACUGAUUUAUGGACGGAUCAUACGCCUUGGCCAUUUAAUCAACUUCCUAGGAGCUAUAAUUUCUUGGUGAAACAUGGGACAUUGUGGAAAGUGACAUAUUAUGCAAGUACGCCACGUGUGGUGCAUCAAUCUAAUUUUGCUGCAACUUCAACAUUUAUAGCUCGAGAGGUUGCCAAAGGACUGAUGAAAUACCAACCAGAUAUUAUUAUCAGUGUACAUCCUCUGAUGCAACAUGUUCCACUUCGUAUCUUGAGGUCAAAGGGUCUUUUGAAGAAGAUUGUGUUCACCACAGUAGUGACAGAUCUAAGCACUUGCCAUCCUACAUGGUUUCAUAAACUUGUAACUAGAUGCUAUUGCCCAUCAACAGAGGUGGCAAAGAGGGCCUUAAAAGCUGGACUCCAGCCUUCCCAAAUUAAGGUUUAUGGACUUCCUGUGCGGCCUUCCUUCAUUAAGCCUGUUCGGCCAAAGUUUGAACUAAGAAGAGAUCUAGGAAUGGACGAGAAUCUUCCUGCUGUGUUGCUGAUGGGAGGAGGAGAAGGGAUGGGCCCUAUUGAGGCUACUGCUCGAGCACUUGGGGAUGCAUUAUAUGACGAGAAUCUUGGGGAACCUAUAGGCCAAGUGCUCGUGAUUUGCGGCCGCAACAAAAAGCUUGCCAGCAAAUUGCUUUCAAUUGAUUGGAAGGUUCCUGUCCAGGUGAAGGGGUUUGUCACCAAAAUGGAGGAAUGCAUGGGAGCUUGUGAUUGCAUCAUUACGAAGGCGGGGCCGGGGACUAUUGCAGAAGCCAUGAUUCAAGGCCUUCCCAUUAUUCUGAACGAUUUCAUUGCUGGCCAGGAGGUUGGAAAUGUGCCAUAUGUUGUUGAAAAUGGAUGUGGGAAAUUCUCUAAAUCUCCCAAAGAGAUAGCAAAAAUUGUUGCAGACUGGUUUGGUCCAAAAGCUGAUGAGCUGAAGGCCAUGUCGCAAAAUGCGUUGAAACUGGCUCGGCCUGAUGCUGUAUUCAAGAUUGUUAAUGAUCUUCACGAGCUUGUUAGACAAAGAAGUUUAAUACCCCAGUUUUCCUGUACAACUUGACUCAAUUACUCAAUUGCCUUGCCCCCAUCAAUUUUGGCACAUCUGUUUUUGACAAGGUCCACCAUUGGGCAAAUUAAGUGACAGUUUUCCUUUCCUUUUCA